GUUGAAAUUACUCGAGUAACCCUGCAAACUCGAAAACCAUAGAAGGGGUCUGUUGGGAAUAAACCCUAGCUUCAUCUCUCCAAAUCUGUUCCUCACCGCAAUGCCGACUGUGAGCGUUGGAAGAGACCUCUUAUUCAAAGCUCUCGGACGACCUUACACUGAAGAAGAGUUUGAUAAUUUGUGCUUCCAGUUCGGUAUAGAGCUCGAUGACGUGACAACCGAGAAGGCGAUAAUUAGAAAAGAAAAGCAUAUAGAUGACCAAGUUGCGGAUAAUGAUGAAGAGGUCAUUUACAAAAUUGAGAUUCCGGCUAAUAGAUAUGAUUUACUUUGUCUUGAGGGAAUUGUGCAAUCUCUUCGGAUAUUUACUGGACUUGAUCCGAUACCUGUGUAUAGGGUUCGUGAGCCUAUACGUAAGGAAUCUAUGCUUAAGAUGCAUGUCAAACCAAAGACUGCUGAGAUUCGCCCGUAUAUUGUUUGUGCUGUUUUGAGAGGUAUAACAUUUGAUGAAGCAAGAUAUAAUAGCUUUAUCGAUCUUCAAGACAGGCUUCACCAGAACAUUUGCCGGCGGAGAACCCUGGUUGCUAUUGGGACACAUGACUUGGAUACGAUAGAAGGGCCUUUCACAUAUGAGGCUUUAUCACCUACAGAUAUAAACUUUGUCCCACUGAAACAGGAGAGAAGCUUCAGAGCGGAUGAGCUGAUGAAGUUUUACGAAUCAGAUUUGAAGUUGAAAAAAUUCUUGCAUAUAAUUGCAGAAUCACCAGUGUUCCCUGUCAUUUAUGACCGCAAGAGAACUGUGCUAUCUUUGCCGCCAAUUAUAAAUGGUGCACAUUCGGCCAUUACCUUAAAGACCAAGAAUGUGUUCAUUGAAUGCACAGCCACUGAUUUGACGAAAGCCAAAAUCGUUCUGAACACAAUGGUGACCAUGUUUUCUCUGUACUGUGAUAACAAGUUUGAGGCUGAACCAGUUGAAGUAAUAUACCCUGAUGGAAAAUCACAUAUUUAUCCUGAUCUUUCAUCUUACAAUAUGGAAGUGCCGCUAUCGUACAUUACUGGCUUAUUAGGAGUCUCGUUGGAAGCCGGCAAGGUUGCUGGUUUAUUAAAUAAAAUGCAGUUACAUGCUGAGCCCCAUGCCUUGCCAAAUGGUGAUCACACGUUCAAUGUAUCAGUUCCGCCUACAAGGAGUGAUGUGCUUCAUCCCUGUGAUGUUGCGGAGGAUGUUGCCAUAGCUUAUGGUUUCAAUGAAAUUCCCACACGGAAGCUUCCAUCUUUGAAGCCUUUGGCUCUGAAUCAGUUUAGUGACCUUAUUAGAACGGAGAUUGCGAUGAGUGGUUAUACAGAGGUAUUGACAUUUAUAUUGUGUUCUUACAAAGAGAAUUUUGCAAUGCUAAACCGUAAAGAUGAUAAAUCGAAGGCAGUGGAAAUUGGGAAUCCCCGAUCUUCUGAUUUCGAGGCUGUUCGAACUACUCUGAUGCCUGGCUUAUUGAAAAUUGUUGGACAAAACAAAGACCAUCCUAAGCCUAUAAAGAUAUUCGAAGUGGGUGAUAUAGCAGUUCUGGAUGAAUCAAAGGAUGUUGGUGCCACAAAUCGUCGUCAACUGGCAGCUCUAUAUUGUGGUGCCACCUCAGGAUUUGAGCUAAUUCAUGGCCUACUGGAUAGAGUUAUGGAAGUAACUGGAACGUCAUUCGUGAAAUCUAAGGACACAACCGGCUAUUAUAUAGAAUGCUCAUCUGAACCUGAAUUUUUACCUGGUAGACAAGCAAGUAUCAUCUACAAAGGGAAGCAUAUUGGUAAUUUCGGCAUUGUUCACCCAGAGGUCUUGCGCAAUUUUGAUAUCCCUGAUACAUGCUCCUUCUUGGAACUUAGUAUAGAGCACUUCUUGUAGAUGGGAUCUACGUUAUGUUUAUGCUCUCCUAACAUAUGAGCACUCAUACACACUGGUAAAGUUUUCCGCUUCCAAUUUGAGCACAUAAGACUGAACUGUAACCAUCAAUGGUGUAAUAUAGAUUUGCUUUCUGUUGCUCAAUAUAAUUUUGUAAAAUUGAUUUGUUCGAUUGUAUACAAUCUUGGAGUAUGGUUACGUGAAAAACAAACAGAGGUUGCAGUUGCCAUUCCUUGUUUAGACAAAGGGACUUUGUAGUUUGUGCUAACAACUAUUUUUUUAAUUAGACGAUUGAAUUUUGUGUG